GGGAAGUUGAACCACUAGUUAGUUGUACGGGCAGAAAAAUAUUCUGGGAAAAUCAUAACAAACGACGAACUGAGCAAAGACGUCUAACUUUUCUUAUGAUCUUUCUGACAGUCAUAUCUUGAAAAACAAACUACUUCGCCCGUUUACUAUUUAUUACAGGCACCUGGCAAGCUAACAUGUACGUGAUAGUAUUCGUUUUUGGCUAGCUUUCUUGUAGAUACAGCUACAGGCAGCCAGAGCCAUUUGAUUUAUAAUAAAUAAAUACCCUUCUGACGCUAGCUGGAUAACGCCUCUCUGGUUUCGGCUAAGGUAAGGAUGGGGGACAGGACCCUCCUGCGGGAACUGAAGCGGUGGGCGACUGAAGAAUUUAAUCUACCACCCCAAAGUCUCCCAAACGACAACUACAUUAAAACGUGGGUAACGACGUCAUACAUACAUGUCCUAUGCAACUUUGUUUUGGCCUUGUUGAGUAUUCCUCUUCAUGAUUUAUGUUGUUGGUAACAAUUCAUAUAGUUGGCUAGCCGAUUAAACUCCACUCUACGAUUUACGAAUGUUCUGCGCAAUUGCGUCCUAUUCUUUGGGUACUGAAAUCAGUAGUUAAAAAAACAAAAACGUAAUUGAAUGUGACGUCGGUGCUCCAGCCCGCCCACACUACCGUGGUGGAGUGUAGUUUGGUCGGCUAAUAGCUAGCUAACGUUAGGUAGUUCACAGCUACAGUUUUGCGUAUCGACCUUGGCAGACUAAGUUAACUAAUGUGGCCCACCAGUGAGUUAACACAAGUAUAUUGUUGUUUGUUUUGAUUCAGGUUAUGUGUUGGCCCAGGUGCCUCCAUAUGGAGAUAUGUCACACAACAUAUUUUCAAUCAGAGGUGGGUAUGCAGACAGGUUUUUAUAACGGAUUUUGUUUGGGGGUAUACUUCCUAGUUUUUAAAUCAAUUAUUUGUAGUAGCUUGGUCAACGAUUACUUUGUAUUUUUGUCAUGAUACGUUUGCUUUUCGUUUCUUUUGCAGGAAUGUCAGGGUUAUGCGUGGAAAUCUCCAGUGGUAUCCUUUGUUUUUGUUCUCUUGAGCUAUGUACAACUGGGGUCAUUUCAUUGUCUCUGAGAUGAAACCAACUCUAUUGUCAGGAUAACGGCCUAAUGUAUCUGACACCAAUAUGACACUCACAGGUUUCGUUCAAUGGACAGUUGUACAAGGGCAUUUCCAUCGAAAAGGACCCAUGAGCGCUAACAUGUGAAGUUCAUAGGAGCAUAUCAAAUUGGGUGUCAAAUGAAAGCUGAGUCUAUAUUUUGCGGAAAUGGAGGCAUAGAUGGGUUUAUCAACCAUUUUUCCAACUUAAAAAUUAGGCAUAAGCAAAGACUUUGAUUUCUUGAUAAACAUGGAAAAUGGGUCUUACAAAACAUCUACCAGAAAUAGACUCAAAAGGUAUCAGAAAUACAUCAAACACAAUAAUGUUGACGUAAAGACCCCUGCCAACUAAUAUCAACACUUAUAUUUAGUUUAGGAGAAAUGGUUUACCUUCUGUAAGUUUAAGAAAUAUUGCCUUGUGCCUUGUAAUUCUGUUACCAAAAACCCACACUUCAUAUUUUCUAAUUACUCCCACUCAUGAGGAGGGAGGAUAACAAAAGUUCACAGAAGUAACAAGUAAUGGUUGACCUACCAAUUAGUUAUAGUGAUUUUGCUGAUAUCACAUUUCUUUAUGAAUUAUUAAGUGAUUAAAACUCAUACUUCCAUUGGUAAUGGAAUUACGCAAUAAUCAGUAAUGGAAUUAAUGCAACUGAAUUGGCUACAAUGGGAAAUCAUAAUAGUCACAAACCACAGAUGGGUCACCUGCUACUGUCCUCCCUUCCACUGGCAUACUGUUAUGUUCAGCUGAUAACUUUUCUUUCUGUUGUCUGGCGUUCAAACGAAGUCUGGAUAACUUUUCUCUGCCUUUCUCUCUCACUCACCAGUUAAUGUUACCUCUCCCAGCUCUUACUGACACCUACCCAUAAGCCUCCUCUCUUUCCAUUUACUGUAACCAGCAUCCUCACCCACUGAGCACUGACUGACACUGGAUGUCCAUGGACGUUGAAAAGUAGUUGAAAUUUGGUCAGUCCACCCUGGCCUUGAUGUUAGCGUCCACAGACGGACUGGACCAAAUCUGAACCUAUCAUAGACGUAUGUUUCAUACGUUUUGAUAGUACAGUGAGUAGAGCACAGUAGAGUACACUCCAAUACAGUAGAGUAUAAUACAGUAUAUUACUGCACUGUACUCUACUGUGCUCUGUUGUGCUCUGCUGCACUGUCCAAACUUGUGAAACAUGAGGAAAAUGACAUUCAUAUCCAUAAUUAUGCAUUUCUGUGUAGGACAGAUCAGGGACUCAUAAUUCAAUUCCAUUACCGUAAUUCUGUUACCGGGUGUAAAUCCACUUCACUUACUGUAGUUCAAUAACCAAAAUAGAUUUUUUCAAACUCAAGGUACCAUGUCAUAGCUGACACCCCACUCUUUCUGCAGAGUUUUUGGAAAAAGUGGUCACAACAACCUGAGGAAGAUUUUACCGUAAUUCCAUUACCAAAGUUUGCAUCUUUACAGUUCUGUCACUAAAUAAUUUUGUGUACAGUUUUCUGUUGAAAUUGUUAAAAGUAGUCCUUGUGCAUAGAGUUGUAUGGUUUGUUAAACUUUGAAAUCAAUGGUUUUUGUUUGGCAUACAUUUUAAAGUGAAAAAAGCCUUUCCUUGACAUUGUGAUCUUUCAGGUACAAAGUUCUACAAGAUAAGGAGGUACACCCAUAUUUCUAAACAAAUCUGUAGAUAAUUUGAUAUAGCUACAGUAUCACGAUUUUAAGACCGUGUCAGAGUUAGCAUUAUGUUUUCUAUGAACAUUCUUUUACAUUACAUUGUAUUCAUUCGUGUGCAGUUAAAAAAGGUAGCGGGGCAGAGUGAUGCUGCUAAGCGGCUUGAUCUUCAGGAGCAGAUAGAGGAGCUGAGAGCAGAACUUAACCACCUGGACUCUCAAAUCAAUGGGACUGAAGCACAGCUAGCUACUGAAGGUGAGCUUUUUACCAAAUAGGCCUACAGUGGGGUCUGAAAUGAGCAAAGAUUACAGUAAAAAAUAAAAAUUCAAAUACUGAGCUAUAUUGUAUGCUCCAAAAAAUUGGGAAAUUAUAUGAUUUUAUACUAAUACAAUUGCUCAAAGAAAGAUUUUGUAACAAGUAAUAUUUUUUUCCUCAAAACGUAGGGGUCAAAAUUAUUGACACCCCUGUUUUCAAAAUGUUUCAAUACCUCACCAUGUGAGGAUAACGGCAUUGAGCCUAUUUGAAUUAUUUUAUACAGUCAUUUUUGUCCAUCUUUAUCAAGGGUGUCAAUAAUUUUGGACCCCACUGUAUAACAAUUUUUUCCCACAUACCACAACCAAAAUUGUGCUAAGUCUGUAUAUGCUGAUAUGUUGAUGUCCCCUUUCGCCGUGACAUGUUGUGCUGUGACAACUCUUUGUAUUGAGUAGAAGAGUCCAUUAACCGGAGCUGGGGAAUGGUGGAGGAGAACCAACGCAGGGAGCUGAUUUUACAGGCUUUUAAGCAGCGCUGCAUGAAGGCGCGCCACUCUCUCUCAGAGGAUACCCGCAAGAUCAGUGGGCACUCCCAGGCUCUGGAGCAGCUGUCUAGGUGUGCUUGCUAGAGCCUCUGCUGUUUACCCCUACCAUUUCUUAACACAUGUCCACAUACAUUUUAAUGCCGCAAGCCCAGCCCAAAUCCAUUCUUUACUUUUGGUGUGUUUUGCAGGAAGGCAGAGGUGGAGGUGGUGUUUGGAAAUGAAACCUCCAAUAGCAGUGGGGACUAUCUCAACCCAACAGGAGCAGAGCCUCAGGUUCUGGUAAAUGCUUUUACUACAUUUUUUUAGUUGAUGCUUUAUAUGAGAUUUAUAAUCUGUGAUGGUUUUGUAUUGAACAAAUCUUGUUUCUCUUCCUCCUUAGCGUAACGUGAGAGAGCUGUGUGAUGAAAGACUCCUCUUCUUCCAGUCUUUACAAGAGAGUGAGCUGAAAAUUGAGUCGUCCACUGCCACACAGUAAGAAUUAUCAGAUGGUUUUAUAUAGGAACCGGAGUCAUCCAUGUGAUUCUUCUACUGCUAAAUCAUCAUUGACUCUCUCCGUCUCUUCAGCUUGACUCGUGAACAGAGAACUGCAGUAUUUCAGCAUUGGUUAAGUGCUGUAGAGGUAAGUUGCAUUGUUGUUUGCAUCUAGUUGGUUACAUCAUGGUCUGUUUCAUAUUUUCUUCAGUAGAGUGAGAAUGGUAUUAUUAUCCGUUUUAUCUCAUCAGGACUUGUUGCGAUGCUAUCCUCCAAACCAAGUGCUGUCAGCCUUGCAGUACCUGGCCUUGGGACAAGAAAUUACAUUGGAGGAGAAGCUUGCCUCAUUGGAUGUGGCUCGUGAUGUUGCUGCAUUACGGUAAAUUGGUAAAAUGUAUACAAAAUGUAGCUGGACAAAAAUCUGCAUGGAUUGGAAUUAUAGGGGCAAAUGUAUCUGUUUUGUUUUAGGUUUCACUACGAAAGUAAUCACCUACUGGACAUCUGGAAAGAAGAGGAAGAGCUACCACCCGUUAAGAGUCUUUUACAGGUGCUUUACACAUGUUUCAGUUUACACUUAAAUACCAACAUGGGGUAAAGACACUGCAUAGGCUUGAACAGUAGUUCACUGUUGCUGUAGUUGAUAUCUGUGUCUGAUCUUUUUGCAGUCAGCCUGGCAGGAGGUGGAACAGAGUCUGAUGGAACUGGCUCAGACGCGUUCACAAAUUCAACAGCUCAAGACCCAGCUUCAUGCCCGAAAGAAAGAGGCAGAGUUGGAGCUGCUUUGCGUGGAAUCUCAAACCCAAACUCUGGCACGGUAAGUCUUCACUACAGAUUGGCUUUUUCCACAACAUUUACAUUUUGUCAUUAAUGAACAUGCUCAGCCUCUAAAGAAGUCAUGUCAAUUCAUCAAAAUACUUUUGUAUAAAUUAGUCAAUAAAUAAUGUAUAUAUAUCUAUUGUAUUUGCGAUGCUCUACUCUUUCCCAGUUUGAAACCUAUUUUCUCCCAUUUCUCCCUCCUGCCCAGGUCAGUGUUUGAGCUGGAGAUGCAGUGUGUGAUGCAGACAGCCGUGCGAGAUGUUGUGCAGGACCAGUGUGUUCAAAUGGAGCAACAUGCCAGGGACAGACAGGAGGCCCUGCGCAACCUUCGGAGCCAAUGGCAGAGCAUCAUGGACUUCAGACAGCUUGUGGUGAGGAAAUGUAACGUUUUUUUGCAGUCUGUAUUUCUACCUUUGUCUUCCACACACAACACCACAGCAUUUCACCACUUGCCACAUGUUAACCUAAAUAAGUGUGACACACUUUUGUCAUGUUUUUCUUUAUAGGACGUCAGGCAGGAACAGACAAGAGGUCUGAUCAAGGGGAACUCGACAGCUAAGACUGAACUGACUCGCGUGCACAAGAAGGUAGGCCCUCUAAAUGCAGACUGUGUAAACAGUGGCCAUCUAACUCAACCUGUUCCUUUCUCUUGUCCGACCCCAGAUUGGACAGUUUGUCCAGGGAAAACUGACUCCCCAGUUGUUUGAAGUUCUUUCAGCAGCCAAUGGGCUUCGCAACUCUGUGUCCCAGGAGGCCAGACAGUUUGGAAAUGUGUCACUAGUAACACUUGAUCGCAGGAUCAUUGAAGGGUAAGCGCUUCCUAUUUGUUGUUGUUUGAUGGGUGAGUUGAGUUCUCCUUCUGAUCAUGAAUUGGUCUGGCUGAGAAAAAAAUGCUUAAAGGGACAUUUUUCAGAUGGUUACGUUCUGUCAACUGCUAUAUAUUUCAGCGAGCAGAGAAUUCCAGCUGCGUGGUUGUCUAUCCAUCGCUUGCAUUCCUCGCCCUUCCGCAAUCUGUGUCAAAGCCUGGCUUUCCCAAUGUACAGGGUGAGUCCUAACAGAUUAUUCCAUGACCAUUUAUGCACCUAGAGAGGUUCGCUCUUUGCUCUUAUCCCGUUGUUUAUUUAUGUUUUCUCUAUUCUAUCCCUCUAUGUUUCUCUGCCAGGCCCCUGAGGAACUGUACACCCAAGCUUUAUCCCAGCAUUUGGAGCUUCGCUUUCUGCGUCGUUUGCUGCAAUUGCACUCCUCCUCUUUAGCAAAUGUAGAGAAGCAAGGAGCGCUGCUACCUGCACCUGACCAACAAGGUACAGGUCUUCAAUAGAGUUCAAAGCUGCAAACUAACAAAUGGCAGAUUAUUCCAUUUUACAUGUCUGACUGAUAUCUUCGUCUCUCUUUAAUCUCCCUUUUCUUUAUUUCUCCUUAGCCCUCCUGCUAUGUGUCCGGGAGGAAGACAAGAAGCUGCUUCAGUCUUUGUUACCCAGGGUUCGGGAGCUCAACCAGUGCUGCUCACAGGGCCUUUCUUAUGGGAAUCAGGUUAAGACUGCCAUUUCCUAUUGGUAAGUGCUACCAUCAACUCUUUCUCACAUAGAGCUCCCUUACUUGUAUUAAAACUCAAUAUUAUUCACCAGCUAGACUAUUGACAAUUCAUUUUUUUCUGUCUGUGCAGGUGGGAUCAGCCUGCUCAGUUUGCUCUGCCUGACAUAUGCAAGGGGGGACUGACUUUUCAGCAGUGGCUACAGAGGUGGAAAUUUGCAGCCAAGGCUUCUUAAUGAGAUCCAUGGAAAAUAAAGACAAGUGCAUCGAUCUGAACCAAGGUCCAUUUUAGAUGGACAACAAUGCUCUUCUAAAACUACAAUUUACAAUAUUGUUUUGCAUCUCUUUUUGCAAAACAUGUCUUUCAAUGUACACUGCAUU